AUUAACGUUACUUGGAAACAUAAUGGCCGCCGGAAUCAUGGUUCCUGAUAAGUAAACAAAACUUUAUUGUGAAUUUGCUAUUCACACAAUGACUUCCAAAGUAUGUGUGUCGGUGUGUUUGGUACUUGGAUGUGUUUUUGCUAUAUACGGUAAAGUUUCUCCCAUAGAUCUAGAUUUAAACUUGGAUGGGAAGGAAUCGAAAGACAUCGGCUUCGAUGGUCUCACCAGUCUGGCUUCAUUUUCAACUGUUUCUGAUCCAAAAUUAGAUGAAAACUCUACAAAUGCUAAAAAUGCUGUGUUGCCUGGUGAUAUCAGAGAAUUUAGCUUGACACAAUGGACGGCCAAACAAGAAAUUCAACCAAAAAACGGAACGAGUUUUACUCGUGUCAAAAGAGCAUCGAAAAAGGGUAAAAAGAAGAGAGGGAAAGGCAGGAAAAGAAAGGGUCGCAAAGGCAUGAAAAAGAAGAAAGGAAAAAAACGAAAGGGCAAGAAAAAAGGCCAGAAGGGAAAGACAAUUAAAAAGGGUAAGAAAAAGGGUAAACGCAAGAAAAAGAAGGGGCGCAAAGGCAAGAAAGGAAAGAAUGUCAAAAAACUAAAGGGCAAGAGAAAGGGCAAAAAGCGAAAUGGCAAGAAAAAAGGCAAAAAGGGAAAUGGCAAGAAAAAAGGCAAAAAGGGAAAUGGCAAGAAAAAAGGCAAAAAGGGAAAUUGCAUGAAAAAUUGCAAAAAGGUAUAUGACAAGAAAAAAGACAAAGGAAAGAAAAUUAUAAAGAGUAAAAAAGAGCCUGAAGGCAAGAAAGAGUCAGAUGAUAAUCUCAAAGAAUUAUUAGAGAAGAUUAAAGAAGAGAAGGAUGAUGCUGUCAAUUCACCUGAACUGAAAAAGAUUUAUCCAGUUAAAGUGAAAAUUGAAACAACAAUGCCAGUAAAUAAAGAGAAGAUGAAGGAAAUAAAGGAAUUGAGCAGUAUCAAAAAGAAAACAGAUAAAACACUGACAAAGAUUGAUCCUUGCGAAUUAAAACCAUGUCGUCAUAAUGGUAUAUGUGAGAAAUUGGGAUCUACUAUCAAAGAUUAUAAGUGUGUUUGUCCAGCAGGGAGAAAAGGGAAGCACUGCGAAUUUAGUGCGGAGAAAAUCAAAUUGAAGUCUGAUCAGGGAAAACCUAAGAAACAUAAGAAACAUAAAGCUAAACAAGAAGAUGACGCCAAUCUGGCGUUGAUCAUAUCACUUUCAACUGUCAUACCUGUUACAGUAGUGAUUGCUCUUAUUCUCACUAUACACUGUGUUCGUGUCAAAAACAAACGGGCGCAACUGUUAGCUAAAUUUAGGAGAGACAAGAGGUUUGGUAAAGUGCCGGAGCCGGUACCCGGUGUGAUGGCUCUCAGUAAUCAAAUGUUUUGUGGUUGCUGUUCCAAACAAAAGAAAAAAGCACCGGCUUAUACCAUUAAGGAUAUAGAAGUCGAGCUUGAGAAACAGGCAACAAUUGAAAAAUUGAAUGAACUCAUCGACAAGGCUUCAGGGACGAAAGCAUCUAAGCUAGGUGGAGGAAAGGCUAAGAAAGGUAUAAAAGGUGGCAAAAGUGAUGCCAGUAUGAUGAGUGAAGGAAGUGAAGGAUCCGAAACCGCUGGUUCUUCUUGGGGUUCUGAUGUUUCGGGAGUUUAUGGUUCUGAAGUUUCAGGAAUUUCUGGUUCUGCAGUUUCAGCAGUUUCGGCAGUUUCAGCAGUUGCUGCUCCUGUGUCUGAGGCAAAAGCAAGUGAUGAACAAAUUGAACAAUUAGCUGAUAAAGUAGCAGAGGCCAAAUUAUCAGUUGAACAAGUGGAUCAGUUGACAGAGUUAGUUCAAAAAGUCUCAAAAGCUAAAAUGGAACAAGAGGCUCAACUGACAGAAUUGGAUCAACAAGUAUCAACAGCUCCAAUGGAAGAGGAGCAGCAUCCACCAGCGCCACCGUCGCCGCCGCCGCUGCCACCACUGCCAUGAAGAAGAAAAGCCACUGUUGAUGCAUAGAUGGUCUUUGGAAAAUUAUCAUUCAAAUAUCAUUCAUGUUUAUGAUACUAUUGUUAUACUCGAAUAAAUUUCAUUUUUUGUAACAGCUGA